AUGUUUCCGAUCACGUGUGGGGAUGGAGCUGUCCCGGGCUCCACACUGUGGCCUGUUUGGGGAGAACUGCCGGCGGACGGUCUUUGGGGACCAGGCCUCAGUUUGAGCCCAGAGCGCUCCGCAGGCUGGGAAAGAGAGGAGGGCCCCGGCUGUGGUCCCCCAGAGCCAAGAGAGCAUGACGGAGCUAAAGCCAACGGUGACUUUCUGAUCCUGAUGAACAAAAAGUUAAGUUCUUAA